AUGGAGGUCGACCACCAGCGGUUGUCGUUCCUCAUGGAAGCCACCUCCAUCACCGGCAACGACGACGGCUCACCUCCCGCCUCUGCAGGGGACGCGGCCGGCGACCACACUGGAGGCGGCGAGUUCAUGGCGACUCCUGUCGCGUGGCCGGCGCUGGGACUCCAGGGGAGCUCCAGUGGUUCAUGCAGUGCGCAGGAGUCGCCGUUCAUCGGGGUGCGGAAGCGGCCGUGGGGCAAGUACGCGGCGGAGAUCCGGGACUCCACCCGCAACGGCGCCCGUGUUUGGCUUGGCACGUUCGACACUCCGCAUGCCGCCGCGCUCGCCUACGACCAGGCCGCCUUCUCCGUGCGCGGCCCGGCCGCCGUGCUCAACUUCCCGGUCAAGCUUGUGCAGGAGUCGCUGCGCGCGCUCGGCAUCGGCGGGGCUGCCACCGCGGGGGACUCGCCUGCGCUCGCGCUGAAGCGCCGCCACUGCAUCCGGAAGAGAAAUCCCAAGAACAAGAGGAAGACGGGCACGACAACGACGGCAGCGGGGGCCGAUACUGCAUCGUCAUUGUCAACGUGCGUGCUGGAGCUGGAGGACCUUGGAGCCGACUACCUCGAGGAGCUGCUCACCUUGUGUAUUAUCUUUAGUUCAAAUUUAGGAUUGGAUGCACAUUCACUUGGAGGAUCCCGAUCCCCUCGCCCCUCGACCCCGCGCGCCCGUCGCCGCCUGGAACUCGCCGGCGCCAGGAGCUCCCCCGUCAGCCUGCUUCCACCUCCCCACCGGCCAGCUCCCACGUCGCGCGUCAUCCCCGUGGCCCCCCUCGACCCCUGCUGCCAUGGCCCCUACUUCCCCACCGUGAGCUCCCUCCCCCUCCCUCGCACGCUCAUGCUCGACGCCGCGCCCCCCUAUUUCCCCCGUGCACCCCGCACCCGAGCUCCGGACGGGCUCGCGUCCGCCGUGCUCGUCGCCGUGAGCCUCGCCUGCUGCCUCCCUCCGCCGUAG